AUGGGGCUUGGCGAGGGCGAGUACGAGUCGCGCGUCGUGCAUCGCGCGUCGGCGGCAGGAUGGCUGUCACCGUCGGAGCUGGAGCUAUAUGGGGCGUCGGAGUCGCCGUUGGGAGGAAAUGUAGCGGCGAUGGACUCAUCGGCGACGACGCAGAAGCGCAAGUGCCCCGACAAGGAGGAGCCGGCCGGCAUGUGCGCCAACGGCUGCGGCUUUUUCGGCGCCGCCGCCACCGGCAACAUGUGCUCCAAGUGCUACCUGGACCACGUCACCGACACCGCUCACCCCAUGGCCACCUCGACCGCGCCUCCUCCGGCGAAGAAGGCCAGGAUGAUCGUCGCCGUCCCGUCCUCCCAUGAUGCGGCCGCCUCCUCCUCCUCCGCCGCCGCCGCAGUUGACUCCUCCGUGGCGUCCGUCAAGCAGCCGCCGGUGGCGGCGAGCCGGUGCGCGGCGUGCCGCAAGAAGGUGGGGCUGCUGGGGUUCCUGUGCCGCUGCGAGGGCACCUUCUGCAGCGUCCACCGCUACUCGGACAAGCAUGACUGUGGAUUCGACUACAAGACCGCUGGCCAGGAGCAGAUCGUCAAGCACAACCCCAUCGUGAUCUCGGACAAGAUUUCCCGAAGGAUCUGA